AUGUGGCAGCAACCCACGUUCUUGUCCCAUCCAACUCUUUCCCUUCCCGGGGCGCCGCCAGUGAACGCUGCCCAUGCCCGCAGGUCGAGCACGGAGCUGCGCAAGGAGAAGUCCCGGGAUGCGGCCCGCAGCCGGCGCAGCCAGGAGACCGAGGUGCUGUACCAGCUGGCGCACACGCUGCCCUUCGCGCGCGGGGUGAGCGCCCACCUGGACAAAGCCUCCAUCAUGCGCCUCACCAUCAGCUACCUGCGCAUGCACCAACUCUGCGCCGCAGGGGAGUGGAACCAGGUGGGAGCAGGGGGCGAACCACUGGAUGCCUGCUACCUGAAGGCCCUGGAGGGCUUCGUUAUGGUGCUCACCGCCGAGGGAGACAUGGCUUACUUGUCAGAGAAUGUCAGCAAACACCUGGGCCUCAGUCAGCUUGAGCUGAUCGGACACAGUAUCUUUGAUUUUGUCCAUCCCUGUGACCAAGAGGAGCUUCAGGACGCCCUGACUCCCCGGCAGAGCCUGUCCAAAAAGAAGCCGGAGGCCCCCACCGAGCGGUGCUUCUCCUUGCGCAUGAAGAGCACCCUCACCAGCCGCGGGCGCACCCUCAACCUCAAGGCGGCCACCUGGAAGGUACUGCGCUGUUCUGGACACAUGAGGGCCUACAAGCCCCCUGCACAGUCUUCCCCGGCCGGGAGCCCCCACUUGGAGCCCCCCCUGCAAUGUCUGGUGCUAAUCUGUGAAGCCAUCCCCCACCCUGGCAGCUUGGAGCCCCCGUUGGGCCAGGGGGCCUUCCUCAGCCGCCACAGCCUGGACAUGAAGUUCACCUACUGUGAUGAGAGGAUUGCGGAGGUUGCUGGCUACAGCCCCGAUGACCUGAUUGGCUGUUCUGCCUAUGAGUACAUCCAUGCGCUGGACUCAGAUGCAGUCGGCCAGAGCAUCCAUACCUUGCUGAGCAAGGGCCAGGCAGUAACGGGGCAGUACCGCUUCCUGGCCCGGAGUGGUGGCUACCUGUGGACCCAGACCCAGGCCACAGUGGUGUCGGGGGGCCGGGGCCCCCAGUCUGAGAGUAUCGUCUGCGUCCAUUUCCUGAUCAGCCGGGUGGAAGAGACCGAAGUGGUGCUGUCCCUGGAGCAAACGGAGCGACACUCUCGCAGACACGUUCAGCGGGGCACCCCCUCUCAGAAGGAUGCCCCUAAUCCUGGUGACAGUCUUGACACCUCUGGUCCCCGGAUCCUAGCCUUCCUGCACCCCCCUGCCCUGAGUGAGGCCGCCCUGGCCGCUGACCCCCGUCGUUUCUGUAGCCCUGACCUCCGUCGCCUCCUGGCACCGAUCCUGGAUGGGACUUCAGUAGCCGCUACCCCCAGUGCACCCCCAGCCCCACGACGCCCCCGAAGUCCUCUUCCGGCUGAUCUCCCAGAUGAACUACUUGUGGAUGUGGAGAAUGCACACAAACUCUUCGCCUCUGGGAAAGACCUUGAGGCAGUGGAGACAGAUCUAGAUAUAGCUCAGGACGUCGAUGCUCUGGACUUGGAGAUGCUGGCCCCCUACAUCUCCAUGGAUGAUGACUUCCAGCUCAACUCCAGUGAGCAGCUACCCAGGGCCUACCACAGACCUCCAGGGGCUGUCCCCCGGCCCCGUGCACGGAGCUUCCACGGCAUGUCGCCCCCAACCCCUGAGCCCUCCCUGCUGCCCCGCUGGGGGAGUGACCCCCGGCUGAGCUGUUCCAGCCCCUCCAGAGGGGACCCCUCAGCAUCCUCCCCCAUGGCUGGGGCUCGGAAGAGGGCCCUGGCCCAGAGCGCAGAGGACGAGGCAGAGGGGGUGGAGCUGCUGGGAGUGAGACCCCCCAAACAGUCCCCCAGCCCAGAACCCGAAAACUUCCUGCUGCCUCCCCUCAGCCUGAGUUUCCUUCUGACAGGAGGACCAGCCCCAGGGAGCCAGCAGGAUCCCAGCACCCACCUCCUAGAACUGAAUGAGCCCCUGGGCCUGGGCCCCUCCCUGCUCCCUCUCUACCCGGACGAGGACACCGCCCAGCCCAGGAGCCACUUUCAGCCAGCGGCAGGCUUGGCCCAGGCCAACUGAGCCAGGUCCUCUUCCCACCUCCCUUCUCCCCCCACAAGAAAGGACGUCAAUCAUACUCCAAGCCGGCAGCCAAUGCACAGGAUGGAGGUGCCGGGAGAGGGGCUCCCUCUCUCCUCUCGGUGACCCCCGCCCGCCUCAGGCCUACCUCAGUCCCCACCCCUCUGCCCCACCCCCACUGUCUGGGGGUGCUCCGGGGUGGUCUCAGCUCAGUGACCUCUGGGAGGGGGUCCCUGGCCCCCUCCUGCUUCUCUCAGGACUUCCCUUGGGGUUCUCAGUACCGGUUACCUCAUCCUUUUCUCCAAUUCUCUUGGCUUUAUUUUCGGUAAUUAGGGGUGGGGGAGUUUGGGGCUCAGGUCUGCGUUUCUGGGCUUGGGGGAGUAUUGAUAACCAGAAGCACCUUGCUUUCCAUCCAUCUUUCUUUCAUUCUUAUUUUUAUUUUUGUUGCUUUCAUGAUAUGUUUUUCAUCGCUACGAACUGCCUGGGGUCCACAAGAAUGUGGGACCCUGAUCUUCCCACCAACUCAGGUGUCAAUGGGGACGGCAGGCCUCUGGGCCAGACCUCACCCCCGGCGACUCCUGAUUGAGCCCUUAGCCUCCCAAGCGGCCACCCAGCUCUGCCCACCCCUCCGCUCUGGACUUCUGCUGGCUCCUGCCUGACCUGGACCCCGACUCCAUAGGUGGUCUUCCUAUCCCAGGUGUAGCUUCCGACCUCUGCUUCCAGACCAUACCACCUCCAACCCUUUCUGGUUCUAGACCUUGCAUCCUCCAAACCGCUGUGAUUCCGGAUCUCACCGUCUUCUCCUUCUGGACCCCACAAUCUCCAACUCUGUCUAUCUUUCUACUUCACGCUUUCUAAAGUUGUCUGGUUCUAGGCCUCACAACCUCCAACUCCCUCAGGCCUAGGACCACCAGAACCCUCUGGUUCUAGAGCUCACUCUCCGCCUUCCUCUGGUUCUAGAACUCACGCUCCGCCUUCCUCUGGUUCUAGAGCUCACGCUCCGCCUUCCUCUGGUUCUAGAGCUCACGCUCCGCCUUCCUCUGGUUCUAGAGCUCACUCUCCGCCUUCCUCUGGUUCUAGAGCUCACGCUCCGCCUUCCUCUGGUUCUAGAGCUCACUCUCCGCCUUCCUCUGGUUCUAGAGCUCACUCUCCGCCUUCCUCUGGUUCUAGAGCUCUCCCCACAGGUCUCCCUUCUUCUCAAUGGCACAUGCUCCUACUCCUGCUGAUUCCAGCUCUUACAACCAGAUUUCUUCUGAUUUUGGAACCCCACAUCCCCAAGCUUGGAAUUGGUUCUAGUCUUCCUGAUCUGUAACGCAUUUCGUUCCAAAUCUAGACUUCGUGAUGUCUCAAUCAUUUUGAUUCAUGAUGCCCAGCUCAUCCCUUUUCAACUCUACACUCGAGACUUGCUUCUCCCAUCAAAAAGAAGUAAAAUGGGUUUCAUGUCUUGACCUUAUGGGUUUCGUGUCUGGACCUUUCAGAACCAGACACAAUGUUCCAGUUCUCUUUUGCUCUCGACCUCUUCAUCGCUACCACUGACUGGUCCUGGACUAUACAACCUUUACACUUUGCAGUUUCCAGGGCCCUCUGAUUCCAGAUCUGAUGAUCUCCCUUUCUUCUGGUUCUAGUAAUGGGCUUCAAAUGUCUUCUGAUUCCAGACCUCGUCCUAUAAAUUUCCUUGAUUCUAGACCUCACAAUCUCCAAUUGCCCCUCAUUCCACAUCUUAUGACUCCAAACUACCACGUAUCUAGAACUCAGCCUUCAAACAUCUUCUGAUUACAGACCUUGCCUUAUAAAUUUUUCUGGUUCUAGACCUUACAGCUUUAAAUUCCUGAUUCUAGACCUUACAACUCCCAAACCCCUCUGGUCCUAGAACUUGGUCUUCAGACUUUUUCAAAUUCUAGUCCUUACUCUGUAUCUCUGGUUCUAGACCUCACAGCGUCCAAGUGCCUCUAUUUCAGAUCCACAUUCUUUUGGCUCUAGAACUCAGCCUCCAAAGGCUUCUGAUUUUAGAAUCUGGACCUUGCCCUGUAGAUUCCUCUAGUUCUGAAUCUUAAGACCUCUGACUCCCUCACUCCAGACCCCACCCUCCUAACUCUAUUCUGGGCUUCCCGCCCAACUCAACUUGCUCUAAUUACUACUCUCUGCCUUAAGUCUUCCCAUUCCAGAUCCCUACCCUCCAGGUCCUUGAGCUAAUGGACUUCAUGCUCAAGCCUUUCCAUUCUCAGUCUCAUAUCCCUAAAAGUUCUCUGUCCUAGAACCCCCUCCCUCCCCACCUCAGCCCUCAGAUAUGUACUUACUAUUACUUAACCCCAGGUAUCUGGGGAACCUGGGGCUCUCUCACAAUCCAGGUGACUUCCCCAGCCGCACAGGCACACGCACAGCCCUAUCUGCAUAUCAUGGGGUGGGGAGAGAGGCCAGGACUCCUCAGUACUCCACCACCACCUAUGUGUCCCCGUCCCCUUCCCCCAACCUUCUUUCGACGAUGGUGCUAUUCUCGGUCUCCCACAGGAAAAGGCCUCCCUCUCUCAACCCAAUUCACCCCCUUUAUGGAAGGCACUUCUCACUGUUUUGUCAAGGGAUGGCCUGUCCAGAUCGGUGCUAUGAGGGGAAGGGUCUGACCCCUCCCUCUCUCAGCGGGUGACCUAGGCCCUCUAUGGAGGGAACUGUGUGGGCUGGGGGAGGGGAAGGGACUGGACCAGCCAUGCUGGCUGUGAAACCCACUGAUCUCUAAACCCCCAUAAAGAUCUCACCUUGGUAGGCACCAGAGCUCUGUGUGUUGACUCAUCUGUGGGGUCGCUUCAGGGGGUGGGGGUGCACCGGCUGACUGGGUGUCCAUGUCACUUUGUGAUAUAGGUCUAUGUAACGUUGUGUGUCUGGUGAUAUUUUCAUUCUGUGUGGGUCACUGUGACAUAAUUCUGUGAACCUGUGUGUGGGGAGGGUUGUAAUUCCUCCUACAUGUGUUACUGUCUGGGUGAAAUGGUUCAGCCUUAUGUGUGUUUCUCAUUACCGUGGAUUUCUGUGUUCCUGAGUGUAGGAGGCAUUGCGAUUUUUUUUUUUUGUACCUGUGUGUUGUCUGUGUGGUGGUGUGAUUCUAGAUGCACGUAUGGGACUGUGUGACAGUAUAAUUCUGUGUAUUGUCUCUGUGACAUGAUUCUCUGUACUUGAGUGUGUGUGUGCGCGCGUGCGCACGUGCCAAAGAGAGAUUUUGUGUCUACAGCUUCCUGUGUGGACGAGUGUGCCUGUUCUGUCAUGUCACCCUCAUAACCCCUCUCCUAUGUUCCACAAAGUAAUCUUUUCAAAGGAAGAAAACCACUUUUAGGAACUCCCUGGUGGUCCAGUGAUUAGGACUUGGCACUUUCACUGCCAUUGCCCGGGUUCAAUCCCUGCUUGGGGUGAACUAAGAUCCCGCAAGCCACACGGUGUGGCAAUAAAUAAAUAAAUAAAUAAAAAUUAAAAAAAAGAAAAGAAAGCCACUUUUAAGCCUUCGCACUUGCUGUUCCCUCUGCCUUAAAUGCCAUUCUCUCUUCUCCCCUCUCUUCACCUGAUUAUUUCCUACUCAUACAUUAGAUCUUGGUUCAGACA